AGGGAAAAGAUGGCGGCGAUGGCAGUCGGAGGUGCUGGUGGCAGCCGCGUGUCCAGCGGGAGGGACCUGAAUUGCGUCCCCGAAAUAGCUGAUACACUGGGUGCUGUGGCCAAGCAGGGGUUUGAUUUCCUCUGCAUGCCUGUCUUCCACCCGCGUUUCAAGAGGGAGUUCAUUCAGGAACCUGCUAAGAGUCGGCCUGGCCCCCAGACACGAUCAGACCUACUGCUGUCAGGAAGGGACUGGAAUACGCUAAUUGUGGGAAAGCUUUCUCCAUGGAUUCAUCCAGACUCAAAAGUGGAGAAGAUCCGAAGGAACUCUGAAGCGUUGGAAGUGCAGUUUAUCAUCACGGGAACCAACCACCACUCAGAGAAGGAGUUCUGUUCCUACCUCCAAUACUUGGAAUACUUAAGCCAAAAUCGCCCUCCACCCAAUGCGUAUGAGCUCUUUGCCAAAGGCUAUGAAGACUAUCUGCAGUCCCCACUCCAGCCUCUGAUGGACAAUCUGGAAUCUCAGACAUAUGAAGUGUUUGAAAAGGACCCCAUCAAAUACUCUCAAUAUCAGCAGGCUAUUUAUAAAUGUUUGCUAGACCGAGUACCAGAAGAAGAAAAGGAGACAAAUGUCCAGGUACUUAUGGUGCUGGGUGCAGGCCGGGGUCCUCUUGUGAACGCGUCUCUUCGGGCAGCCAAACAGGCUGAGCGGCGGAUCAGGCUGUAUGCUGUGGAGAAGAACCCCAAUGCUGUGGUGACGCUAGAGAACUGGCAGUUUGAAGAAUGGGGGAGCCAGGUGACAGUUGUCUCAUCAGACAUGCGGGAAUGGGUGGCUCCGGAGAAAGCGGACAUCAUUGUCAGUGAGCUUCUGGGCUCCUUUGCCGACAACGAGCUAUCACCUGAGUGUCUGGAUGGAGCACAGCACUUCCUGAAAGAUGAUGGCGUGAGCAUCCCUGGAGAAUACACCUCCUUCCUGGCUCCCAUUUCCUCCUCUAAGCUGUACAACGAGGUCCGUGCCUGUCGGGAAAAGGACCGUGAUCCUGAGGCACAGUUUGAGAUGCCUUAUGUGGUUCGGUUGCACAACUUCCACCAGCUCUCUGCUCCUAAGCCCUGCUUUACCUUCAGCCAUCCCAACCGAGAUCCUAUGAUUGACAAUAACCGCUACUGUACCUUGGAGUUUCCUGUGGAGGUGAACACGGUGCUUCAUGGCUUUGCAGGCUACUUUGAGACUGUGCUUUUCCGGGACAUCACUCUGAGUAUCCGCCCAGAGACUCACUCUCCUGGGAUGUUCUCAUGGUUCCCCAUCUUCUUCCCCAUUAAGCAGCCCAUCACGGUGCACGAAGGCCAGAACAUCUGUGUGCGUUUCUGGCGAUGCAGCAAUUCCAAGAAAGUGUGGUACGAGUGGGCGGUGACGGCCCCUGUCUGUUCUUCUAUUCACAACCCUACUGGCCGCUCCUAUACCAUUGGCCUCUAGCCCUGCACACAGUGUCAAAGCCUUGGAAGCAGCUCUGAAUUCUCUUCCUACAGCACAGAAGGUGUAGAACAUGUGCUGGUUCAGUUCAUCAGUGAGACCCUCAGCCGCCAGAGAGAGAUUCAGUCUGCUUUCCUACCUAAUGUCAUGGUGGCCAACGGGUAGGNGUUCCAGGACUGCCAGGCAUGGUGGUGCAUACUUUUUAUCCCAGCACUCCAGAGGCAGAGGCAGAUGGAUCU